AAACUUCCAACAUUCGACAACUGGAAGAACAGGACAAAGGCAGUUGCCAUUCCGAACAGCUGUUAACGCACACUGCGAACAACGAAUCCACGGGAGACCUCUUUUAAAUUUGAAGAGCAGCACGAAGCGCGCAGGAUGAUUUUCGACAAGUUAAAAAAGUUCGACAUCGUCUUUGACUCCCCGGAGCUGGACUGUCCUCCGGUGUUCAGCAGCGGGGACGUGGUGUCCGGAAGAGUCCUCCUGGAGUUGUCCGGGGAAAGCCGGGUACACUCGGUCAAGCUGCACGCCGAGGGCUUCGCCAAAGUGCACUGGACCGAAUCCCGGUCUGCCGGGUCCAGUACUGCUUACACCCAGAACUACAGCGACGAGGUGGAGUACCUGAACCGCAGAGAGGUUCUCUUGCAGGCAGAUAAUGACGAGGUGACCGUCCUUCCUGCUGGCAGACAUGAGUUUCCAUUCAGCUUCCAGCUACCUGAAGCCACGCUGGUUACCUCCUUUGAGGGGAAGCAUGGCAGCAUCCGCUACUGGGUCAAAGCUAAGCUGCACCGGCCUUGGGCCACAGUCAGGAAGAUCAAGAAGGAGUUUACAGUCAUUGAACCAAUCGAUAUCAACACGCCAGCCUUACUGGCGCCACAGGCAGGAACGAAGGACAAGAUGGCACGGGCGUGGUACCGCAACUUUGGACAGGUGUCGGCCACUGCCAAGAUUGACCGCAAAGGUUACACACCAGGUGAGGUGAUUCCCGUCUUUGCUGAGUUUGAUAACUCAACCUCCCGCUCAGUAGUUCCCAGGGCCUACGUGACUCAGACCCAGACGUUUAUCGCCCGUGGCACCAUGAAGCAGAAACACUCUGUGGUGGCUACACUGUGCGGCGACAUUGUGGGCGCCAGAUGUCGUGAGAGUUGGCACGGUCGUGCCAUCAAGAUCCCACCUGUUGGCCCGUCCAUCUUGCAGUGCCGCAUCAUCAAAGUGGAGUAUAUGCUCAAGGUUUGCGUCGAUGUUCCUGGAACUUCCAAACUCUGUCUGGAACUUCCCUUGGUUAUGGGCACAAUCCCGCUCCAUCCCUUCGGCAGUCGCACUUCCAGCAUCAGCAGCCAGUACAGCGUAAACCUGGAGUGGCUCCGCAUGACGAUUCCCGAGCAGCCUGAGCCUCCUCCAGACUACAGCUCUGUGGUGACUGAGGAGGAGGAGGCAGAGCAGCAGAACACUGUGGUGCCACAACCCCCCGAAGACUUGAGUGGCAUCCUACAGCGCCCCCUUAUGGCUUUUGUGCAAGAGUUUCGUUUCAGGCCACCGCCAGUGUACAGCGAGAUUGACCCCAACCCUCAGCCUUUCUAUAUGAGACCUCGCUGCAUGACGUGUUGAACCAUGAACCACCUUUGCAUUACGUGAAGAUGAUCUGAGUUAAAUGAAUGAAACAAAUCAAGAGAUUUGUCUUCUUCAGGAUCACUUCUCUUUGAUAAAUGCUGCCUGGUUUCAUCUAGCGUCAUGGAGAAGGGCUAGAGUGCCAUGGAGAGAUGUGAGAAAGAAGGUGGUCCUCCCCGAAACUGGACGCCAGUGGAGGCGCACUGCUUUUCAGGUCCAUAAAGUAAAAUGGACUGUUUCCUGGUUCUGUCAAAGAUGAGAGAGAACAAAUUUCUCCCCAUUAGUUUCUGCCCUCCUCAAGUGAUUCUCCUUCCUGACAAAACACAACACCCCCCCCAAUCUGCCCAAAAUCAUAGGUUCCACUAUGCAAAGACAUUUGAGUUUGGGAGUUAUUGGGGGAUCGAGAUCACUUGAUACUUUUAAGGGGAUGAGUCAGUGUUACGGCUGAUGUCAUUAAGCUAACAGUUUUUCAAUGAACUCAUUGUCACCAUUUAUUAAUGUAAAACUACAAGUGCAAUUAUUCUCUUUGGUGUCUUUACCUGUUUUCUUGAUACUGUGGCAGAUUUUUAACAUUCUGCAUUUAUGUUGCGACUCAAUGGUUUCUACUGUUAAGCACAUACUGUAUCUGACAUGAAGCAGAUCUAGAUCGUUUAUGCAUGUAAAAGGGAAAAGUACUUAUGCCUUAAUUAUCUGCAGCUGAAGAUUGCAUGAGAGAUUCAGGGAGUCAUUCUCUCAUAGUGGAUCUGAAUGUACAACAGAACAAAAUGGUUGUCUUAACUGGGAUGAACUCUAAGAAGUGUUGGUAUUGUGUUAUAGAAAAGCUAUGGCAUGUCCAAUAGUUUUGCUUGUUGGCUGGAGCACAAUUAUGGAGGAUGAACAGUGUGUUCAAAGCUGCAGAGAGCUCUGGUCGGGUCUCUUGAGCUGCUACCCAAAGAACUCUGGGCUUGUCAAUAGGAGCCAGAUGCCUCGGUGUUAAAGUUGAGCUUUAAGAUGAAGAUGCCACUGAAAUAUACGGUCAAGGAACAUUCCACAAACUGACUCGAGGAUUAGAUUUCCACCUCACUUCCAAAAACUGUUAGGGGAAUGCAGGAAGUCUUCAGGAUCAGUGACUGGCAACACGCACUG